CGAGAACUUUGCAGGAAGUGCCGGGCAGAGCCCAGCCCAGCCCAGCCGAGCCCUGCCCAGAGGCGCUUGUUGAGGGCCGGGGGCCGGAGGGGGAGAUGGGUGUGAUGGGUGUGACGUCUCCACCAAACUGUCCCUUGGGAACAUCAGUCCUGCCAUGUCCUACAGGUUAACAGUAAAAGCACUGCUCCUCAGGGCGUUGCUGGGGCAUUAGCUUAUUUCUACUGGCCUCGAAAGUAAGAGCCAAGUUUGUUCUAGUUCUGCAUCACUCACUCAAACUUUUAUUCACCUAUUUGAUCCAUGAUAGAGUUUACAAAGAGCUCUCGAUAUUCACAUCAUAAGCUAGUUUAAUUGCCAAGCUCAGGAGGAGUUGCAAAAGAUAAAGAAAGUGGAAAGAGUAGGAAACAAGGUCCUUGGAAGUAUGUGACUACUGGUGUAAAAACAAGUGUAGUGCCUCUGCUCAUCUUUUAACUACCUGUGUGCUAUGGUGAUAGUGUCUUCUUCUAAAAGUCCUAGAUGGAUGAAGGGUUCUUCACACUAAGAAAGCAGAGGAGUAAUUAAUUUGUUCAAAUUUUGUAUCUCUGCUCCUUUAGGUUCGAAUCCUUCUCAGCAUGCACUAUGUGAUAUCUACUUUUUCCCUUUCCCUUUGUGGAGGAUGCUGAGGGGAAGAAACAGGGACUAUCUGGUAACUAGCUGGCCACAGCUCUGUGCCUGGUUUGCACUUCCACAAGAGCCCAGUCUGACUGCACAGUCCAGUGCUCCUGUGUCACGGGUGUGCCUUUUCUAACCCUGGCCCUGGCCCUGACAUGUUUGCUCUGCUGCCCUUUGCCCUCUCACUUCUAUCCCAUUGGAACUCGGUUUCACAACUGGGUUCAAUGAGGACCCAUCACGGUCUGUGAGCUGCCCCUGGGCUUUGCUUCUGGCUCAGCUCUCCCUGUCCUAGUUUUCUUCUCCACUUGUAAAGCUUCCCACUAAGGCACUUUGAAAUCUGCAUAAGGAAUAGGCAUUUACAUUUGUAUCUUUUAAAGUUAAUAUUACUAUUUAUUCUGAUGGUGGGUAAUUGCUCCAUUCCUUGCUGAGAUGUUGGCUGGAAACAUCUGAGGUUUCCCUAGGAGGAGAAGCCUCUGUGGCAUCUGUCACUCUGAAUUUCUGUGCUCUCUGCCUGCAAAGCUUUCAGUAACAUGCAUGUAAUCCUUCUUGCCCUUUUGCUGUGAUUAUAAACUGUUUCCAGCCACUCUGGGCAGGGGCAGGAGGCAUUCACGGUGCACUUGUGUUCUCUUUCAGCGCCAUCUUUCCUCCUCCUCCUUGUCUCAGCUGCCUUGUGGUGCCGCUGGUUCCUGCCUGCCUGGCAAGUCAGAGCAUGUCCAGAUCCCAUGGAGGAGAUGCAGAAGACAGUAGAGCUGCUGAGCCUCUGGGACAAGUGCGUGGAGGGGGCUUCGGGGGCUCCUGCGCUUGCUGGCCCCUGCCUUGCAGGCAACAGACUGAACCUGGAUGUUUAUCCUGAUGGCUGCUGCCAUUUCCUCCGGCUGUUGAAGGAGCAACGGGAAGAGGUGGUCCAGGUCGAGUUCCUUCGUCUCAGCAGCAACGAUUGCCUCAUUGGCACCACGCUGGACAGCCUUCCUCAUCUGCAGCACCUGAAAUCCCUGGUGCUGAAAGGAGGCCAUGCUAGAGAUCAGUUUGGUUCCUGUCAGCGUGGCUCCCUGACAAGCUUGCCACAAGACUUUGGGAAGCUGAAGUGUCUCACCCACCUGGAUCUCAGCUUCAACAGACUCUCCACCUUGCCGAGCUCCAUUCUCUACCUCCCCAGCCUCCAUGUGCUCCUGGUGAGCCACAACAGCCUGGUGGCACUUCCAGAGGACUUUGGCUGUCUUAGCAAGCUGACUUUCUUCUCUGCUAUGAAAAAUCAGCUGACCGACUUACCUCAGAGCAUUGGGGAGCUGUCAAUGCUGCAGACUCUGGAUCUUUCAGACAAUGUUUUGCAAUUGCUCCCCGAAGAAAUUGGGAAUCUGCACAAUUGCAAAGAGCUGGUUCUCUCUGGAAAUUGUUUAUCGAGCAUCCCAGACUCCUUAGCCAAUUUGAAGUCUCUGCGUGAGCUGCAUCUCCACAGCAAUUUCCUGGUGACGGUCCCUGCCUCGCUUGCCAGCCUGCCCAACUUGUCCAGACUUGAUCUGCAGAACAACUGCCUCCGUGCCGUCCCCGCUGAGAUCCAGGCCUUGCCAUUUGUGGACCUCCAUGGCAAUCCCUUAGGAGAAACUGAACCAUCUCUGCAGGCUGGUGAAUCCAGUGCUAGAGGGCUAAGAAAACUCUCCUGUAGAUUAAGAAAGCACAGCUUUCCUGUCACCUCUGAAGGCUGCAAAGUGGUCCUGCCCUGUGACAUCCAUUUCUACUUUCCAGCGGGGGCUGUCUCUGAUCCUCUCCGGAUCCAAUUCCGAGUCCUCGAACCGGACCCUCAGUGGGUAAAGCUUAGACACCAUGAUGUCUUGCUGAGUAGGGUCCUGGAGCUGCAGCCUCAUGGGGUCAAAUUCCAGCAGGAGGUGCAGAUCUGGAUGCCGUUUGUCCGGCCUCGUACGCUUCACGAGCAUGAGGUGGUAGUUCGGACCUUCAGUGGGCAGAGCUGGAGUGAUCUGAGAACAAGAGUGAAGGAGAAGAGAGGAUUAAUGAUGGCUCACUGUAGUGUCCUUCACUUCUCUUGGUUCCUUGUUGUGGGUCGACUUGUGCAAGAUGAAUGUGAAGUGCCAGCAGAGGGGACAUUGCUCUUUUCCAGAAUGGAUCCAGACAUCAAAGUGAUCUUUCCUCCUGGAGUCACCGAAGAGCCUCGCAGGGUCAAGAUGCAGGUGCUGCACGUCCCUGCGGAAGUGAUAGACGAAAUCACAGCCAAUGCAGGGUGCAGAGCCAGUCCCCUGCUCUGCCUCUCCCAGGACUCCCUGGUGGAUUUUCUCAAUCCAGUGACAAUUCAGCUGCCCCUCCCACCUGGAAUCACAGGGCUAAAUUUGGAUCAGUUAAGGCUGCGUCUUCUCCAUGGUGACCUGGAGGGCCAAACCUGGGAUGACAUUACCAGUCAGGUGGAGCUGAAAUUCACUCAUAUUUAUGUGAUGUUUGAAGUCACUCACUUCUCCUGGUACUGGCUGUGGUACACCACCAAGACCUGCAUUGAAGGCAUUGCCAAGAAGGUCUAUGAGCGACUGCGUCUGUACCAGGUGAACUUCAUUGCGCUGCAGAGGAAGAGGGACCCCGAGCAAGUCCUGCUACAGUGUGUCCCCAAGCACAAGGUUGACCCAGUGCUGGAGAGGCUGCAGAACCGCUAUCAAGGACCGGAGCCAUCUGACAUGGUGGAGAUGUUUGAGGGAGAGCAAUUUUUCGCAGCUUUUGAGCGAGGCAUCAGCAUUGAUAUGGAUCGCCCUGACUGUGUGGACGGACGUCUGUCAUUUAUUUUUUAUUCCCACUUGAAGAACAUGAAGGAAGUAUAUGUGACCUCCCCUGUGGACAGGAAGGGCCAAGCUGUAAAAGGCCAGGUCUCCUUCUACCGAGGGGCAGUUCCAGAAAACAUCCCUGAAGAUGCCAGCAGGAGGAGGAAAGGAGCAGACUCCCUCUGGCUUGCAACUUUGCCCAUCAAACUACCUCAAUUGAAACCCCGUUGCGAUGAGAAUCCUGGUCCCCUGUGUGGCUUCUCCUUCCCUCCCUUGAACCUGGGCAAUGCUGAGACUGGCUACCUGACACAGGCAAACCUGCUGAGCAUUGCCAGGCGUGUGGGAUCUGACUGGCAGACCAUUGGCCUCAACCUGGGCUUGACCUAUCAGCAGAUUGAGCGCAUAGGGCACAAUAACAGAGACGACCUUGAUAAGCAGAUCCUGGGCAUGCUUUUCUCAUGGGCUCAGCAAAACUCAGAGGAUCCUGACUGUGUGAGCAAGCUGAUUACAGCCAUGAAAGAGAGCGGCCGCCAGGACAUCGCUGAUGAGGUUGAAACCAUCAUUGAUCUGGGGCGACAGAAAUACAGCGAGUCCAUCCGCCGCGUGGGCUUGGAGCAGGAGAGCAGCACGGAGGACUCAGCAAUAGCUAUGAUGUAGCACCUAGCAGAAAAAAAUGAGUUUCGUACAGGGUCCCUCUGCAAACCCAGAGUGACAGUGUUUGGGGAUGCUCCCACCUCAAGGGCCAGUGUCUUCUCAGGAGCUGGGCAUUGAUUUACUCGUGAGCAGACUGCUGAGCUCUCUUGGGUCUGUACUCACAUGCCACUUCUGCAAAUCCUGGGAAGUUCUGAGUGCAUUUAUGAGUGUUUUCUCUGCUUCUACUGCUUGACCUUGAGCUUUAGCUUUCAGAAACGUGGAGAAAUUUAGAGACUAAAGUGUCUGUCAGUUGAGUACUGGCUAGUGUAGUAUUUAAUUAAUUAAUAUUCAUGUUACAUGUAUUUAUUUGUAACUUAUUCCUGUAACUGUGUUCUGCUGGAAACACUGGAUGUGAGCAUUUGGGUCCGUUUGUGCUCCAGUGCUUGUUGGGAGAGUGGAGGUGCAGUCAUGAAGGCCUGUGAUGUGGUGGGAACUGUUCAGCUAUUUCUGUUAAUGGUGUGUUUUGCUCACAUGAAAAUGUGAAUUCUAUUCUCCAUGAAAAUGUUUCCCGUUUUCUGUCAAAUCUCUUCUAGUUCCCUUAGGUCCAAAACAAAACCUAAGUGGAAGAAGGAAAAACCAAUUUGAUAAAAAUUUUUAGGAAAAUUGCUCUUGUUUUUUAGUUUUGCUCCAAAAGCUAUUUUGAAACAAACAGGCUGCUGCACCUGCCAGGCUUUUUAGAUGAGACUUACAUGGUGCUGAUCUUUGACAAAAUUCCAGUUUCAUUUUACCAAAAAAAGGUAAAAAUCCAUAACCUGUUCUGGGAGAGACUCUAAUAUAAGUGAAAGUAAAAUUUCCCUUGCAGUUUCAAAGGGAUAGUCCUCACAUCCUCCCAGUGAAAUAUGACUGUGUAGUAGUGAAGAUGUGACCCCUCCUGAAGUUUGGUGAAAAGCAUGACUUAAAUUUGCAUUUUAAAAACUGGUCUGACCAGCUGUGAAAUAGGCACUGUUGUGGAAUUGGCAUGAAUUGUGCUGAGCUAACUUCCCAGUUUUUUCUGUCUGAGUAUCUUGUAUAAGGCUGGAAGCAUUUACUGCUUUUUAACUGCUCAGUUAUUGACUACUGAGGUGCCCUUCUCUUCCUGUUCCCUGUCUCAUGAUGGCCCUCAGUUAGUGACCCAGUAAUGACAGUGGAAAAUUUCAUGCAAGCUUUUUGAAAGACGACUGUCAUCUAAGUAAAUUCAACUCUUUCAAGACAGAUUAGAAUUCAGCAUAACUCUCUAAGCAUUACUUAAAGGGCUGUUUGCAGUCUGAAAAAAGAAAUGUAUAUAAAAAUGCCAGGUUGCAACACCCAAAGUCAACCUGCAGUUGCAGGUUGGAGAAAUCCUGGUGUUUUCUUCCCCUUGUGAAGUAUCAUUGGUGGCUUCCCUGAUGCUGUUUCAGACCUGCCGUCACUAUUAUUUAAAGAGAGGCAUCAAAUCAUUCUGCUUUUUUUUUUUAUUUAAGGCCAUUCUAACAUCUCAGUCCACAGGGUGCUUAGUGUCCAGUCCAGAGCACUGGACAAUGACUUACAGACUUGAUUUGCCACCUUGGGCCUAGGGACUUCCUCAGAUUUGAUUUCUUAGGUGCUCCCCUCAAGUCUUAUGUUGGGUUCAAGUCAUCAGUUCUCUUUUGAAUGUACCUUUUCUCUUGUAUUCUGUGUCAUAUGUUCUUGUCUGUAAUUUCGAUGUGUUACAAUGAGUUAUUUGUUCUUUCCUCCAGUUUUGGAGAGAUGCAUUUGGGCGUAUUGCUCUCACUGGGAAUAAAAUAAGCACUCAACUGUUCCACA